UUUAGAGUAACGUUAUAUAGAAAGUAAAUUUACGUUAUACCUAUCGCGGCAUUUAGCUAGCUGUUACCAGCUAAGUUAACAUUAGAAGGCUGAUGUGAGGUGACAUAACCAGCCAGCUAACAGUUAACGUUGAUAGGUAGCUAGAGUAGGUGAGUAAAACAUUGGAAAGCAACAUUUUCAUUAAGUUUUAAUGUUAGGUAAGUUACUGUAGGUAGCUAAUAACCAAAUCCACAAAUGUAACGUCAACGUUAGUGUAGCUCAUAGAACGGUAACUAUAGCGUCAUUAUAAUAGUCAUCCAAAAUGGCUAAUUGUGCCGUCAAUGUUAAUGAGUUAGCCUGUGUUUUUACUGUAAACAUUCACUUGACGUUGAAGACACGCACUCCAGUUUUCUUCGUUUUACACCCUAAGAUGUGGGGUUUUUAUUUUCUUCUUACCUAACUCAGUAACGCUAAUUCACUCGUGUCUCGGUCAUGAAGUUCGUAGGUGACAUAUCGGCAUUUCACUGAAAAUUGGAAAUGCGGAGGGAAUCUACACUAAGUUAAAAACAGUGUCACAUGGGCUGUCCCAGUACUCGACAGGCCUGUCGUUACAUGAAAAAACCCACCAUGUAACAGGCUUCCUGUCUCCGUGGGAGUGUCCAUUACUGGAAUACCACACUACUGUACACAGAAAGAGAACAAAACUACACAGAAGUGUACUCGGUCACCAUUGGUCGUCAUCGUAGAAGUGUCACCAUUGGUCAUCAGUCACCAUGGGAAAAACUCCGCUAAAAGAUCAGAAAGAAGGCAAAAAAGAGAAACUGGGAAGGCCAGUUCCACCAACAGGUACAAGCCCUGCAACAACUAAAGAUGCUUUCAGCUGGGAAGAAUAUCUAAAAGAAACGUCAUCAACACCGGCUUCACCAAGCUGUUUUCGUCAGGCUAGAGUCCCACCGUCGAACGACUUCAAGGUGGGAAUGAAGCUUGAAGCCCACGACCCUCGCAAUUCCACCUCAGUUUGUAUUGCCACAGUGAUGGGUUUAACCGGGGUUCGUCUUCGUCUCCGUCUGGAUGGAAGUGACAACAGCAAUGACUUCUGGAGACUGGUAGACUCCUCUGACAUCCAGCCUAUUGGCACCUGUGAGAAGAAUGGAGACAUGUUGCAGCCACCACUCGGAUUUCGUAUGAAUGCUUCCUCAUGGCCCAUGUUUCUGUUGAGGACCCUAAAUGGAGCAGAGAUGGCACCAGCAACAGCCUUUAAAAAGGAACCUCUGACGCCCUCCCAGAACAACUUUAAGCCAGGCAUGAAGCUGGAGGCUGUGGACAAGAAGAACCCAUACCUCAUCUGCCCUGCCACCAUCGGAGAAGUGAAGGGCGAUGAGGUCUUUAUCAUGUUCGAUGGGUGGCGGGGUGCCUUUGAUUACUGGUGCAAGUAUGACUCCCGGGACAUCUUCCCUGUGGGCUGGUGCUCCCUCACUAAGCACAGCCUCCAGCCACCAGGCAACAGUGUUACCCUGCCAAAGGCCCUGCAGAUUCUCCCGGCGUCACCCUCCAAGCCCAACAGGCGUUCCAUGCAGUCCCCCUACAGACUCCCCAACCCUCUGCCGCCUUUGCCUGUCAGGAAGGGGGUGAGAGGCCGUCGGCCCAAGAGUGAGACCAUCGCUCUGCUCAAAGCUGUGGCAGAGGCAGCAGCAGCCCAAAAUGGAACUGUACCUGAAAACACGCAGCUUGUACCCCGGCCCCACAAGAAGAGAGGCCCCAAACCUGGAAGCAAGAGAAAGUCGAAGAUUCUCCAAAGCCCAGCACAACUGCCCAGCAUUCAGGUUCCACAAGAAAGCCCUCCCAGCCUCAACUCUGUGGUUUCAACAGUGUGUGUGUAUGUGAAUAAGCAUGGAAACUGUGGUCCCCACCUGGACAGGAAGCAGAUGCAGCAUCUCCCUGACCACUUUGGCCCGGGGCCCGUGAAUGCUGUGCUCCAGCAGGUGGUCCAGUCGUGUAUAGACUGCACAUACCAGCCCAAAGUCCUGCUCAGUGCUCUGCAGACUCAUUCAGGAGGAGGAGAGGUUGUCAGAGUGAGAACAGACGGGGGAGUUCGUGUGGUCACUCUACCAUCAGCCUCCAGUGCUUCCUUUGUGCUGCGGUUCUUGGAGACUAUGUGUCGGCACCUGCAAUGUGACAACCUGUUCAGCAGCCAACCGUUCAGCCACUACACUGCUUAUGACAGGGCCAAGUCAGUGAAAGAAGAGGCGUUGGACGCUCCAUCUCUGGCUCGGGGGAGUAAACGGAGUCUCUCUGGAGUCUCCCCACCGUAUGCAGCCCCUCUGUCACCCAAACAUUUACGGACCGAAGCUCACCCUUCAGAAGCAGAGACCCUGCCCCACGAAGAGAACGGCUUAAUAAAGGAGCAGCGCUACAUGGACUCAGCCUCCAACUCCAUGACACCUCGACCCCCAACAGUGCGCAGUUCCUCAGAGUACCACUCUCAGGCCAGCAGCCUUUACCACACUGGCAAUGGCACACACAUGCGCCGCCUCUCCUCUAACCCCGCAGAGCUCAGCUCCACACAGCCUCUCAGACGAGUUGAAGCAGCCAGCUCCACCACAGGUCCCGAGGCUCUAGUGUCUGAGCGGGAGAGUCUGCAGCUGCCCAGUAAAAACCCCUCCUCCUGGUCCAUUGAAGAGGUCAUGCAGUUUGUGAGGGAUGCUGACCCCACAGCAUUAGCUCCACAUGCAGAACUAUUCAGAAAACAUGAGAUUGAUGGAAAAGCUCUAAUGCUGCUACGGAGCGACAUGAUCAUGAAGUACAUGGGUCUGAAACUAGGGCCUGCACUGAAGUUAUGCCACCACAUAGAGAGGCUGAAACAAGGCAAACUGUAACAGGAGCCUGGGCAGCCCUGUCCCUGCCAGACCCAUGAGCAAUAAGCCCUGAAAGAGCCAGCGUUCGGACACCGACUCAUGGGGCAUGCAGGGGCUACAUGCUACUACUCUGGACUCCACCUCGAGGGACUGACUAGAUGUUUCAUCCUGACUUCUAGAGUGGAGAAAGUGUGCCGUGCGUUGCUGACACAUUACCUCAUCCCCUCAUCAGUGAAGAAAAAGCUGUUCAAGUCUAACGGACGCCAUUUGACUUUAUGAAAUCCCAAAGGAAAAGAAUCCCUGUAGUGUUUACAUUGCAUAGCACGUGCACACGUGGACACGUUUUUUUACGGAGAUGAAAUCUUUUGAUCCUGGUUUUGGAUCCCCAAAGAUGGAGAAUGUUUCUUCCUAUAUAAUGUUUUUAUUCUUGUUGAAUUUCCAGUUAAUAAGGAAGGGUUGGUAUAGUGAAAAAACAAAAACAAAUCACCAUCAGAUGUUCUUCCCCAUGCUCUUCUAGAGAAUUUGGAUGCUCUCUCGUCUGUGCUGUUGUAUAGCUGUUUUCACUCUUCACAUGUAUGCCUCAAGUAUGGGUUUAUCUGCCUGCACAAUGCUAGGCAGACGAUCUCAUUUGCUUUGAACAUUGUCAGUAUCACGGUAGGGAUCAUGUUGUAUUCUGGCAUUUUUGAUUUAACCUAACCUUUUCCACGAAUGUCCUGCUGGAUCAUCAUCUGCUGUGUGGCAUGAUGUAUUAUUGUGUCUUAGCGGGCCCUACGUUGCCUCCCACUGGUUCCCACGCAGUUCUUAUCAACGUCCAACCUUUGCAUCCCGAGCUCUGAGUCAACUUAGAAGUUAUGGGUUUAUCAAUUUCAAUGGACAGAUUGUUAAGGAAGUACAAAUACAACAUUUCUAAGGGCUUUCUAUGUUUAGUUUUGAUGUAGUAUUUUUAUCUGUCAUAAUCAUGUAAGCUCGUCGGUCUGCCUGCGACCUCAGUGUUGUCACUUUUGACCGUUCCAGUUACUGUUAGCAAUGAAAACAGAUAUGUACAGUUUUAUGGGUUUAACCAUGAAUAUCAGCAACAGAAUGUACAUUUUGUAGAAACUUUAUAUUUUAAGGAAAUCAUAUACAUACGUUAGAAAUGUGAAGAUAAAGGGGAUGGGGACGUGGUGAAUAUUUCACAGUGGAUUCCAUUCUGCUUUUUAACACAGCGCUUUUAGUUCAAAUACUCCCAGUAAUAGACUCUGCCUUGCUUUACCAACGACAUUUCUCAGGUUUAUGUGGUCUUUGUUAGUACAAACUUUUGUAGCAUACUGUUUAUAAUAUACGUAACAGAAUUUUCCUGUUAUUCCCUUCCUUGAUUUAAAAAAAAAUGACUUGUGCCAUAUUAUAUUCAACACAGGAUCGAAGUGCUGUUGAUUUCCCUCUCUUGCAUCUUCUUUUAAGUACUUGAAAAAUAUGUGUUCUUAAAAGUCACUUGUCCAUUACAUCACACCAGAUAAACAAUAUUAUAUGUUUAUGAUGUUGUGUAUUUCCUUUUUAUAAACGUACCAAAAACAAAA